GCCAUGAGCGACCCGCAUACCUCAUCAAGCUGACAGAUUACUCCCACGCGAGCAGAUCAACGCGAAUUCGAAAUAUCGCGGGUUUCGAUGUAGCACAGGGUCCUUGAGGGCUCCUCAGAGUUAUCAAUGGCUUCUCUCGAUGGCAACUCCAUCCACAGCGGUACUACGAGGGCGUUAUUCCCAAGGGGCCCUGGCUUUACUUUGGAGAACUUCUCAAAUAAGGACUUCAUUGUGAGGGACUUCAUCGAGGAAUUGUCUGAAAGCGCGGUUCCUUCACACAGACGUUCUGGGCCCGCGAAUCAGGCAUUUGAUCCCAAGCCGCUGAUCAGAACGUUUGAAAAUGUUCUAGCCCAACUCGCAACGUUAUCGGAAGAGCUCGGCGAACAGGAGACAGAGCUCCUCACGUCCGUACGGCGCGCCGAGAUCCAACACGAUCAAACGCUGGGCGAGCUGGGGAGGAAGCUGGAUCAAUCAAUAGACUCGUUUGAGAGUCUCGACGUGUCCCUGAACAACCCAACCCAGAAUGGCGUGAAUGGAAACGACCGAAGCGGCCGGCACGAUGGAGGGGGGAAUAUUGCGGUACAGAUCGGAGAGAGGCUGGAGGAGUUGGAUAAGCAAAGGAGGCGAGCGCUGGACGCCAGUUUCUUGAUACAAUGCUGGACCGAAGUCAGCGAGGCUGGCCAGCUCACGUCUUUGGAAGAGAUGAUACGGCGGCGGGGCGGUGGCAAAGACAUGGUGCGAUGCGCCAUAAUUGCAAGACAGCUUAUGAGAAUGAGCCAGCGACUCGACCCGUCAUCCUGGGCCCAAACAAAUGGCGCGAAGAAAACCAACGGCACUUUGAACGGCGUGACAGGAAAUCGGGGUCACAAUACGAGGGAGAUUAUAGAGAAGUUCUCGGAGACUUUAGAAAAGGACUUGCUCAAGCAGUUCGAUGACAGUUAUCGAAGACAAAACUUUGAUGACAUGUUAGAAUGUGCCAAGGUGUUGCACGAUUUCAACGGCGGAGCGAGUGUCGUGGCUUUAUUCGUCAACCAACAUCAGUUCUUCAUUGAUCGAAGUCAGUUGAUCACCGACGAAGUUACCACAGACAAUGAAACCUGGGAGCGAUUAGCAGAUCCCGAUUCGGAACCGCCAGGAGUUGAGCCAAGUCUUCAGUCACUGAUAGAUGAGAUCAAAGUCGUGAUGCAAGAUGAGUCCUUCAUUAUAAAACGGGCUUUCCCAUACUACGAGGUUGUUUUGACUAAAUUCAUUCAAAGAAUAUUCCAGCAAUCUAUACAGCAACGGUUGGAGAUGGUUUUGGAGAAGGCAGACAGUAUCUCCUCCCUGGCAUUUUUACGGUCAUUGCACGCCUCGAGAAGCUAUAUCAACAAUUUAAUUGAAGAUCUGAAGGCACAUGGCUUGACAGAACACCCAGAAGCUUGUUCUGCUCAAACAGCUUUAAGUCUUGAUCACCAGUUAGACGAGUUGUUCGUUCCGUAUCUUGUUGGUAACUCAUAUAUCGACAGGGAGCGGAAAAGUUUGGAGGAACUGUAUUCUUCGCUGCUUUUCAAAUUCACGAUAUAUCAUUCACGACGGAAGAGGGCACCUACUGGAUUUAUGGCCUCUCUUGCUCAACAAGGCACGCACCUCCUGUCGUCCGCCAAGGAUACCUACAUAGACCGGCUGGAUUCUUCCGAACUAACCCCAACUCAAAAAGCCAUGAUGUUGAGAGUUGCUGGUGUGCGAGAUUCGGAUAAGAACAAGAACGAGAUCGAAGUUGUGGACGAGGAUGGUGUCCUGAGUAUAGAAAAUGCCAAGCGUAUGCUCAAAUGGCUGGCUGAAGGUGUCCGAAGAGCCCUAGAGCUAGAUGGUAGCACUGAUACCGCCAAGGAUGUCCAGGCUCUUCUCAACCUCCUCCUGGUUAGCAUGGGCCAGGUAUAUAUCGAGACAGCCCUCGACGCCACAGCCGAUCAAGCAGCUGCGCAAGAAACAGCAAGAACAGAGCCAGACCUCGCAUACCUCCCAUCCUUACGGACAGCCAUCACUAUAACAAAUAUUAUGUCCCACUUCAUCACAACUGUACUUUUCCGCCUUGCGGAAUCAAAUACAACAGUAAAACGAGCAAUGGAAACACAAACGAAGUCGGCUAUUGAAAGAAUCGAGUCGAAGACCAGCACCGUCAUGCGAAGCACUAUCGCUGUAGCCCAAAACUGGAUAACAAAAUUACUAGCAGGCCAGAAGAAGCUGGAUUUCCGGCCAAAGGAUAGUGAUCUGGAUGGUGGACGUUCAGGAUCAGGAUACUUCGAAGCCUUGGCAACACCAACGUGUCUUUCUAUCUGCACCUUUCUGAGUCGAAUUGCGGCACUCUCUGCUAUGGCUAUUGACGGCCAAAAUCUCGAAGUCUUUAGCUGCGAGCUCGCUCUCAGCGUCAGAGAUCUAUUGUUUGAGCAUUUCAAGAAAUUCCAGGUCAAUGCCACGGGUGGCUUGAUGGUCACCAAGGACAUGUCCAGGUAUGUGUCGACACUGAAAGAGUUACCAUUGUCGAAGGAGGUUGAAGGGAGUGUGGAAGUCUUGAGCGAGAUUGGGAAUUUGUUCAUAAUUGGGCCGGAGGCUCUUCGUGAAAGGUCAAGGAACUUUCAACCGGGUGUUGUUGCCAAGAAACUCCAGAAGGCCGAUUUCAGAGCCUUCAUCACGAGGAGGGAUGAUGCCGGAAGUGCUGGGAUUCAAAGUGUACUUGCAGGGUUAUGAUACCAUUUUGUGGACUGGCUGUAUGAAGGCGUGCGGAUAGGCGGACAGGCUUACUACUCAUUAUUCAAGGGGUGGCAAAUAAUCCAAAUAAAUAUCAAUGUAGAAAGUACUCUUCGGAUAUAUGAAUAUGAAAUCAGACCU